AUGAGGAUAGGGAUUGGCUUUGUGGGUUUGAAGAACAGAAAAUUUGAAAUCCUAAUGCGAUCAUUUGACUACCCACGUUGGGCGGUGAUCGGAAACAACCUCUGCUGUCGGAAUCUGUCCAUCCUAAACCUCAGUUAUACACAAGAACGAAACGAGGGUUGUAGUUCUUUCGUGGCGGGAGACAUGGAGUCAUUGGUGGAGGCGACAUCUGGUGUGGUGGGUGCACUGGUCAGCGCCACCUCGACACUUACAAAACGAAGUACCAAUCUGAUCAAACUCCUGAUAGGGGACAACGAAAAAUUGUCAGCUGAUGAUGAAGAUAUGGCUUUAGGCGAAACAUUUUGUACUCCUCUUGGAAAAAUGGUUGCCUCCAACUGGAGGUUGGGGAUUGGAUAUCGAUCGAUUCGUGAUGAAGUUCUGCUCUUCCCAGCUAUGAAACCCCAAGAUGAGCCUUCGAGCAAAGAGAGUUAA